AUUUCUUACAUGUACCCGCUAAAGUUGAUGGGCGCGGCAUAAGCAGCCCCACCCCUGUAAAUAAUUUGCUCCUCAUCACUGUACUUUGUACUCUGACUUUGUAGACUACUGCAAAUGGAUGACAAAGAAGAGCUAGAGUAUGAGCAGCAUUAUGCCGAAGUCAGCUCCUCGUACGACUGCAUGUACUCGGACUAUUCUGCUGCCAACAUGACCAUCAUCGAUCGCCAGCUUCGUUUCACCUCUGAUGAUAGCAUUCUGGACAUUGGAGGAGGGACUGCAGAAAUCAGUCAUCGGCUAUGGAAGAUGCAUAAUCUCAAAACACCUGUACUCUGUGUAGACCCAUCAGAAGCAAUGCUAGCAAUAGCUCGAAAUAAAGAAGGAGUAGAGACAGUUAAAUCAACAGCUGAAGAAUUCUUUAUGAACGAUUCGGAUGGAAGAUUAUUCAGCAAGAUAUUGAUUCUCGGUUGCUAUCAUCACUUGAGCGAUCCCGGCAUAGUUUUUGCUGGUGUUGCUAGGGUUCUUUCUGAUAAUGGAGUUUGCUUCGUGCUACGAGUCACUUCGGACUCCGCACCAAUAUGGUUUACAAAUACACUCUUUAAGGAAGUAGAUUUCCGGCAGAUUGCUAAAUUGGCAGAAUCUAAAGGCUUGAGGGCAAAGAUCUUGUACGAUUGCGAGGCUAGCCGAUUAAAAAAGGAGGCUUGUUUCCAGUUUCUAAGAAACAGAAUGAUAUCUGGAAUGUCAGAAUUCACAGAUGCUGAGAUUGAGAUGGGAAUCAAAGAGUUGGACCAGAGGUACGGUGGAAGCCAGAUCAUUGACGUGGAGUACAAGGUUAACUUAGCCGUCAUCACUAAGCGCUAAUUGUGCAAUUAUACUAGUCGCUUAUUGUAUUACAACAUACCUUUAAUUGUUUCCGCAACUAUGGACUAUAUCACUAGAAUAUUGCAGUUGUAGAAUUUAGACUGGUUUCCAUUUAGCUUCUGCAGCUGGUUUUUUCUUGUGAUGUUGUUUGUUCUUAUAGAUCGACAUAAUUAUAUCGCACUGUGUAUUAUUAUUUAUUGCCCAGCACGAGUGCAACAUUAUUUUUGUCAUGUCAUAAUUAUCGUUCUACAAUUGAUUGUUGAGUCUCGUCAUAUACACUCACAAUCUAUAAGCCAUAUAUAUAUACCCCUCGGCUUUUAUUACAGA